GGGGAUUAGGAAAAUAAACGCAUUCCUGACCAAUGAGAACUGUUGCCCAGUCCAACGGAUUCCCAGUGCUAUAUAAACGGGAGUGCCCGAACGGCAUGAACAGUAUUCAGUUAGACGGCAGAUAGUGUAGAUCCUGGGGAGAAAAGAUGGUGCAACACGAAAAGGGAGAUUGUUCCUUCUAGAGGCAGUGACUGAACCCAACGACGCUGCCUACGAAGAGAGAACAGAAGCUAUUCCAAGUAAUCUGUACUGUAGCAAACCAGACAGCCUAGUAAUUUUUUGUGGAGCACUCAUGGCGUGGGAAAACGACUGGGGGUCGCUCACUAGCAGCAAUGAAAACAUGCCAGAAACGGGUAUGCAUCAGAACAAAAAGCCUUUCGUGGAAAAGUUUGAUCAAUACCAGCCAAAGAUGAGGGGCGACUCGUCAUAUUAUUUCGAUCCGGGGGAAUUAAUUGAAGGGGUAGCAUCAUCUGAAACCACUGAAAAGAAAGCCAGUGCUGCAUUCAAAAUUACCGCCGUGCGUCAAAAGCCUCUAAAGAUCAAACAUCGCCAGCCCAAAGAGAUAGCUGUUAACGUCAACAUUUCCAAAGUCGACGCCCAUCAUCCAAAGGAAUCCCUUCAAAAAGCAGCCCACGUGAAAGAAGAAAUUGUUGGACUUGCAACCAACCCAAAGUUUGACGAUAGUAACCACGAAUCAUUAAAAACCAGCACGGUGAAAGAUUUUAAAAGCAAAAGGAAGAUUUCUAAGCUGAAGAAAAAGAAGCGCGAUAUCUCCAAAACAGGCAAUACGAGGGGCGAACUCCAGUCCAAAUACAAAACGUUUGAAGGUACUACCGACUUCACUGAAGCUAGCACAUCGGAAGGUGAACCUCACGUGAAGCGCAAAAAGGUUUUUAAGCUCGCCUAUGCCGAAACUGAUGAAGACUGUCAUGUUGUGCAUACUAUGAAUAGCAUCGGGGAACCCCGAAUCCUCUUCCUGCCCAUUGAAGAGAACCCGAUUGCCUGCCAAACUUGCCGACAGCAGUUCGUCUCCAUUGGCGAUUUCAAAGUACAUUACUACACGAAGCAUUUAAUUGGACCGCCUGGUCAGCAACUGGAAGGGUUACGCGCCGUUGACGUCAAUGCACGCUACCAGAGAAAAAUGGCGCUUCUUUUAUUUUGCCCGGGAGUGGGGUGCGUAUGGCGCAGUCGCGGACAGACGGGAGGAAAGCCUCUUUUGCGUGCGCACAUGAGGAACUGCGAUUUUCUGGCCGAACCUAACCUGGCGGGAAACUCCCAAGGUACACAAGGCUCCCACGACCCUCACCUUGAAAUGGUUGACCAGGGGGAUGAUGACUUCGUCAGCAUCUGUUUACUCGACGAGAACGCCAACGAGUCCGUUAUCGAGACGAAUUCGAAAUAUGAUGAUGGUUACUUGCGCGAGGUAGACACGGUACAAAAGGUGGAGGACGCCAAGAGGUCGGAAAGUGAGGAGGGGUCGGAGAAGUCUCGGAAACGAAGGCAUCUUACGGUUUCCGGAGCAACUGAGAAAAGAUGUCUAUGCCUCAUGUGUUGCUUUGAAGCAUCCGGAGUCGUAGGUAAACCUUCGAUGUCAAGUUAUUUCUUCAUGGUUUUAUUUUCAAAAAUCUCCUUUUGUAAGAAAUUUAAAGACACUAACCGUACUAAAAUAUCUGUAAUGUGA